AUGGUGGCGGCGGGGCGCGGCCGCCGGCUGUGCCCGAGCUGCGGCUCCCGGCGAGCUCCGCCCGGCGAACGCGGCGGCGGCUCCCCGCUCCCCGGAAGGGACGGCGGCCCCGCCCGGGCUUCGCGCGCCCCCGCGGGGAGGGGGACGAGCCCGGUAGCCCCGCCCCGCGCCAGGACCCUCGGCGGCCGCCCAGCGCGCGCCCCGGACCGUUUCCGGUGUGGCCGCGACAAAAAGCCGCAGCCCCUGUGGCUUCUGCGAGGAGGCGUGAGGCGUGUGCGCCUCCGCGGCGUCUCCACGGAGCGAGCGGGACGCGCCCUCCUCCUCCGUGGGAGGGAGGGUGGGUCACCUGCGGGGAGUAGGUAUCCGAGGGCCACCCCUAGACAGCCUGGCCCGAAGGAUGACCAGCCCCCGCAACCAGAACGGACCAAGACACCAUCCAAGAGCACCACUGUGAUGACCCAGAGAUGUGUGUGGACUGAUGAUCAAGGACCAAGUGUUCCAACCCCAGCCAAGCACGCACUGCCUUAGCAUCACUGUGCCAGCCAAAUGCAAGAAGCAACUCCGGGAAACUGACCAAGGUGACAUCUCUACCACCCAGGGAAAAUGAACACUCAUAAUGAAAAUUAUCACAGUUUCUUAAAUACACGAGUUUACAGGCGCUGAUAAAUGAAAACCUUAAAAAAAGAAAUCCUAUGAAUUGGCGGUGCUGGAGAGCAAGUGACCAGAAGAGAAAUAAGUGGUAACCCAAUCUGCAUGAAGAAAAUUCAGUAGAACCUUGCUGGUGUAGAGAAGAUGGUGCAAAGAAGAGUGAGAACACUUUUAUGAAAGGCUUAGGAAAUGUUGAAGUUUUCCAGUUUUCUUCCUAUGUGAAGGAACAUAGUGAAGGGGGAAAGGCCCCUUUUUUGCACAUACCUGUGGAGAGUGAUGCUGUGUGGGUGCACUUAGCCCUAAUCUCUGCUGUGGAUCAGGAUCGUUUGUUGUGGAGGAGGGAAGAAGAGAAGGAAAGGUUUGAAUGCUUACAAAAGAUUUUGAGAGCCUAUAUAAUUAAAGCUAACCGUUCUACAGUGUUUACUAAGUGCAAGAAACUGUUGUAACUCCUUUGAUUCGAUUCUAAUGACCCUAUGAGGUAGGUGCUAUUAUUAUCAUCUCCAUUUUACAGAAAAGGAAAUUGAGACACAGAGAGAUUAAAUAACUUGACCAAGAUCACACAGCUAUAAUAGUCAGUUGUGGAGCUGGGAUUCAAGCUCUGGUGUCUGCUUUCAGAUUCAUAUCCU